AUUGCAUAUAUAUGCCCCCACAAUUGCAUACUUGCAUGUGCCAUCUAUCUUUCCACAAUAUAUACUCACCUUCACCACCUAUACUCACCUUACACAUUCUCUCUUUGCUAUCUCUACUUGCACAUGUCAUACAUCUAGACAAGGACACUAGCUUAGCUAUAGCUAGCUACUAGCCUACUACUAGUAGUAGCCUAGCUAGGAGGAGGAGGAGCUAGGAUGGCGCAGUUGCCGCCGAGGGCGCCGAGCGCGGCGGCGGCGGCGGGGCAGGAGUGGUCGGCGAUGGCGGCGGCGGGGGAGUUUCUUGGGUUCGCGGCGGCGAGGAGGGGGGCGCACAGGAGGUCGGCGAGCGACUCGGCGGCGUUCCUGAUGGAGGCGGCGGUGCCGAUGGACGACGUCAUCGUCGGCGUCGGCGGCGGCGGCGAGUUCGACCGGCUCGACGACGAACAGCUCAUGUCCAUGUUCUCCGACGUCGAGGCGCCGGCGGUGUCCGACGGCGGCGGCGAGAGGGGGCCGGCCGGGGAGGCGCACCUCAUGGACAUGGGUGACGGGGACGACGGGAUGGGGGCGACCUCGCCGGCCGGCGCUGGCGCAAUGGCGGCGGCGGCGGCCGCCGCCGCCGCGGACGGCAUUGCCGACCCCAAGAGAGUCAAGAGGAUUUUGGCAAACAGGCAGUCGGCGCAGCGGUCAAGGGUGAGAAAGUUGCAGUACAUCUCUGAGCUUGAGCGCAGCGUCACCACUCUCCAGAUGGAGGUGUCAGCACUGUCACCUCGUGUGGCCUUCCUUGAUCAUCAGCGGUCGCUGCUCACCGUCGGCAACAGCCAUCUCAAGCAAAGAAUCGCCGCCCUCGCACAAGACAAGAUCUUCAAAGAUGCUCACCAGGAGGCUCUGAAGAAGGAGAUUGAGCGGCUACGCCAAGUGUACCACCAGCAGCAGAUCAAGGCCACCGGAGGCGCCGACAUCGCCACGGCGGCCUCAAUGCAGGCCAAGCAUGAGCUGCUGGCGUGCGAGGGAGCGGCGAUGCGAUAGCGGAAGGCCACCGGUGACCGGUGACCGUCGGCCGGUGGGGAUUUUUUUUUUUUUUUUUUGGCAAUUUGCCAUGUGUAAGAUGACACAGCUUGGUCAGUAGUUUUGUGCAGCUUGUUAAAAAGUUGGUUGAUUUUGUUGUUUCUUUAUAAUGUUAUGUUUCGUUUUGCUCAUCCUAGCAAAAAAAUUGUGCUGGGAUGGGAGAAUUGAUGUGGAUGUAUUGUUUGGACCCCAAUUACAUUUGUCCAGAAAAGGUGGUUGCUUUCAGCAGUUUUGUGUAUUCUUGCAAAA